AAUGAAACUGGUUCAUGUGUUCUUUAUAGGAUUCUCUCAGGGUUUUUUUUAUACUUCCGAUUGUCACUUUAAUAGUGAUAAUUUGGGAGAGGGCUUGAAAGCUAUUGGUGACAUAGCUGGAAUUAUUGGAGGAAAAGUUUCUGAUGAAAAGUGCUCAUACUCAUGUCCGAGAGGUCAAAAAACAGUUCCAAGGAGAGGUUAUACUGCUCAUUCAAAUGGUUGUGGAGCUUAUGGGAUACAAGUCGAAGUAUUCUCGCCAGAAAUUAGUCAAUGUUGCGAUGUCCAUGAUAUCUGUUACGGAACAUGUAAUAAGAAAAGAUCUAAAUGUGAUAAAGAUUUUAAAAAUUGUAUAGAAAAAGCCUGUAAAAGAAAAUCAAGUAAAAAACGCUCAGAUUGUUUAAUAAAUUCUCAAUUACUCUACGCCGGUGCUAUGGCUUUAGGUUGUCAAGCUUACCUACAUUCUCAAGAGAAAGCCUGUUCAUGCAUAAUUUCAGAUGAAUUAUAG